ACAGGGACGAGGAGGAGCGUGCGAGCCUCGGCAAGAGUAGCAGAGCGAAUUCUGCAGAAGAUCAGAGGCAGAGUGGAGCUCACCCUACUGCUGACACUCAAACAAGAUAAAUUCAACUCGGGUGUGUUGCUGUCCAUCCAUCAUGGAGAACAAAGGUAUCUGGAGCUGGAGAGCAACGGGCAGCGCAGUGAAAUCCGGCUGCACUACUGGAUGGCAGAAGCGCAGAACCGCACAGAGGUUUUCCCCUACAACCUGGCAGAUGCUCGCUGGCAUAGACUGGCCCUGACACUCAGCACUACUCAGCUGGUGCUUUAUGUGGACUGCAGCAGAAUUUAUGAAAGGAUUGUAGCCACACCGUCUAUGGACAUUCCUGCAGGUACAACUGUGUGGCUUGGGCAAAGAAAUAACGUUCAUGGAUUUUUUAAGGGUGUGAUGCAGGAGGUUGAGCUGGUGCUCAUGCCUCAAGGAUACAUCUCACAGUGUCCUGAUCUCAACCGCAGUGAGUGC